UUUAGUUUUUUCUCUCUGACAGUUGACGUGUGAUUUCUAGCGUCCGCUUGCGUUGUGUUGAAACGCUUUAUUUUAUAAACCUGACAUAAUUAGUAUAUCAAUAAUACGCGGUAAUAAUCAGCUGAAGGGAGUGAUGAAGUGAUCCUCAGAGUUUAUUAGGAGUUUGAAGUGUUUUAUAGAAGCUCGUCAUGGGGAACCGGGGGAUGGAGGACUUGAUUCCCCUCAUCAACAAACUGCAGGACGCUUUCAGCUCCAUCGGCCAGAGCUGCAACUUGGAGCUGCCGCAGAUCGCGGUGGUGGGCGGCCAGAGCGCCGGGAAGAGCUCGGUGCUGGAGAACUUCGUGGGGAGGGAUUUUCUGCCGAGAGGAUCUGGCAUCGUCACUCGCAGACCACUUAUUCUCCAGCUAGUGAACAGCAAAGCAGAAUAUGCCGAGUUUCUACACUGUAAAGGUCGUAAGUUUGUGGACUUUGAUGAGGUGCGGUCGGAGAUUGAAGCGGAGACUGACCGAAUCACGGGAUCUAAUAAAGGAAUCUCUCCAGUUCCCAUCAACCUGCGUGUCUACUCUCCUAACGUUUUAAAUCUGACACUUAUAGAUCUUCCCGGCAUGACUAAAGUGGCAGUGGGGGAUCAACCAGUAGACAUUGAGUACCAGAUCAGAGAAAUGCUGCUGCAGUUCAUUUCUAAGGAGAACUGUCUGAUCCUGGCUGUCACGCCUGCCAACACUGACCUCGCCAACUCCGAUGCCCUAAAAAUUGCCAAGGAGGUUGAUCCUCAGGGUCUUCGCACUAUUGGUGUGAUCACCAAACUGGACCUUAUGGAUGAAGGAACAGACGCCAGAGACAUCCUAGAGAACAAACUACUGCCACUGCGCAGAGGUUAUAUUGGCGUUGUGAACCGCAGUCAGAAGGACAUUGACGGCAGGAAGGACAUUCGCGCUGCUUUGGCUGCUGAGAGGAAGUUCUUCCUGUCACAUCCUGCAUACAGACACGUGGCAGAGAGAAUGGGCACACCGUACCUGCAGAAAACACUCAACCAGCAACUGACGAAUCACAUCCGCGACACUCUGCCGGCACUGCGCAGUAAACUACAGAGUCAGCUGCUCUCUCUGGAGAAAGAAGUGGACGAGUACAAGAACUUCAAACCUGAUGAUCCGGCACGCAAAACUAAAGCACUGCUGCAGAUGGUGCAGCAGUUCGGAGUGGACUUUGAGAAGCGGAUCGAGGGUUCUGGUGAUCAGGUGGACACACUAGAACUCUCUGGCGGAGCUCGAAUCAACCGCAUCUUCCACGAGCGCUUUCCUUUCGAGCUCGUCAAGAUGGAGUUUGAUGAGAAGGAGUUGAGAAGAGAGAUCAGUUACGCCAUCAAGAACAUUCAUGGAGUCAGGACGGGGCUGUUCACCCCUGACCUUGCAUUUGAGGCCAUAGUGAAAAAGCAGCUGAUUAAGCUGAAGGAGCCGUGUCUCAAAUGCAUUGAUCUGGUCAUCCAGGAGCUCAUCAAUACAGUCAGGCAGUGCACACUAAAGUUGAGCUCUUAUCCUCAUCUGAGAGAAGAGACGGAGAGAAUCGUCACCACAUACAUCCGAGAGAGAGAAAGCAAGACUAAAGACCAGGUGAUGUUGUUGAUAGACAUUGAGCUCUCUUACAUCAACACAAACCACGAAGACUUCAUCGGCUUUGCCAAUGCGCAGCAGAGAAGUGCAGCGGUCAGUAAGAAGAGAGCAAUGCCCAACCAGGUGAUUAGAAGGGGUUGGCUGACGAUCAACAUUAGCAUAAUGAAGGGCGGGUCAAAGGACUACUGGUUCGUUCUGACGGCAGAGUCUCUGUCCUGGUACAAAGAUGAGGAGGAGAAAGAGAAGAAGUUCAUGCUCCCUCUGGAUAACCUGAAGAUCAGAGAUGUUGAGAAAGGCUUCAUGUCCACCAAACACACCUUUGCCAUCUUUAACACCGAGCAGAGGAAUGUGUAUAAAGACCUUCGUCAGAUUGAGUUAGCAUGUGACGCUCAGGAGGAUGUGGACAGUUGGAAAGCCUCUUUCCUGCGAGCGGGAGUCUAUCCUGAGAAAGACCAGGUGGAGAAUGAGGACAGUGUUCCAUCAGACUCCAUCUCAAUGGACCCUCAGCUGGAGAGGCAGGUGGAGACCAUCCGCAACCUGGUGGAUUCCUACAUCGGCAUCGUCAACAAGAGCAUCAGAGACCUCAUGCCCAAAACCAUUAUGCAUCUGAUGAUCAACAGCGCGAAGGAGUUCAUCUACUCGGAGUUGCUGGCGUAUCUGUACUCAUCGGGAGAUCAGAACAGUCUGAUGGAGGAGUCGGCAGAACAAGCGCAGCGGAGAGACGAGAUGUUACGCAUGUAUCACGCACUCAAAGAGGCACUACACCUCAUCGGUGACAUCAGCACCAGCACCGUAUCUGUGCCUUUACCGCCCCCUGUGGAUGACACCUGGAUACAGACUGACCCCAGUCCUCCAGCUCAACGUAAACCAUCAGCAACGGCUCCGCCUCCGGGUCGUCCUCCUGCAGUACGAGGCACUACCCCUGGUCCUCCUGCCCCGCCUCCUAUAAACCCCACCCCUGCAUUCGGAGCUCCGCCCUUGCCGUCCAGACCCGGCCCAUCUCCUGUCAACACUAAUACUUUCGGGAGUGGCAUGCUGGAGCCGAUUGUAGCUCCGCCUCCUCAGAUCCCGUCUCGACCCGCCCGCGUGCCACCUGGUCUGCCGCCCGGAAUACCCAGAAGACCUCCAGCAGCUCCAAACAGACCCACAAUAAUCCGAACAUCAGAACCGUCUCUGCUGGACUGAAGACAGAACAAACACACACUCCGUUUGACAAUUAUGUUUUUGUUUCUGUAAUGAUUAUUAUUUAACUUUAAAUAGUACAACACUUUUUGAGUAGCAAUUGACAUUUCGUGAUUUAUUUGCAUUCAGGCUUUUUCCAUAUAUUCUGUGUUCUGAGAAAUUAUGAUUUCAGGGAAGAUCAAAAGUUGGUGGGAGAAAAGCAAUACUUAAAAAGUAUGACAUAACAUCAUACAUGUAUGUGAAAUAUCUAAACUCUAGAAAAGUGCAAACAUCAUUUCAUAUUUGUCCUUGAAAUCAGUUAAAGGUUUACAUAAGCACUUUUCUAAUAACAUCUGAUAACCUCAGCUGAGAGUAAUAUAUUGAGUAUUGCAUCAGUAUUGAUAUCCUUAUCAAUGACAGCAUUUGUCAUCUUGAAUUUGUGCCUUAACACUCCAUUUUCUGUUAUAUUUGUAAAUGUAAUCAUUAUUUUCUAUGUGCUAACAGAUACUAUUUUCCACAAAGAAACUUUAAAAGUGAACAGCACACUAAAUGCACAAGAACACAGAACUACAAAACUUGACCAAAUACUAGUAUUCAUUUCAAAACUAUGGGAAAGCAUUUCAUCCAAAACACGCUUUAUUGAGAGCUUGAUAAAUCAUUUUCUUUAAGACAUUUUAUUAUAUGCUUCUUAAAUACUGAAAGGUGUUUUGGUGGAGACAAAUAUUUGUUAGUACGUGUACACUCCAAAAAGAUACAUAUUUUCUUCAUAUUUUUGUCGUCUUUGCCCGUAAAAAAAAAUCUCAACAUCUUGAGAACAAUAUACAAUUACUCAAGUGUACUUAAUUAUCCCAUUGCAAAUGUAUUCUUGUUUUAAGCAUAAUUAUAACAGCAUUAAGUGCUGUUUAUGCUUGUUAUACAAAGAUAACUGGAUAUUAAGAAUUGCAAAGCUUUUGCAGCACAGAAAAUAUGAAUAUUUGCUGGCGUUUGUGAAGUGUUUUAGAAAGUAGCUUAAAAGUUUUUUUCUGAUCAAUUAAUUCAAAAUGUUUUUAUGUAACGCAAACAGACGUACAUAUGAACAUGAGUAAUGCAUUACUCGUGAAUUCUGCAUAAACAAUAUUAUUCUAGAAAUACGUGUAACUCCAGAAAUGCACUUCAGAGUAAUUAGUAAUGUUAAUCUAAUUGCAAGAAUUUAAAAGUUACACUACUUUUUGACUAAACAUUUAUUGUAUUACUUUCUAAUCAGAUUACACUGGUAGUAAACAAUUAAUUUCAAAGUUUGCUUUGUUAAAUGUAUUUUCUGAAUUUGAUUUAUAAUUAAAUUAGUCAUUAAAAAUUCUUUUUUUAUUACCGAUACCACUUAUUUGUGUUUUACAAUGACUCUGAUAACAUAUAUGUAGAACUAAUUAUAGUUUCAUUUGUGCUUAUUAACACAACAGACUAAAAAAAUAAAAACAAUGCGCAUUCAAUAAUAAUCAUUCACUAUUCAUUAAUAACGGCAUAAUAACAAAAACAAUAUCAGUGGCAUUACAUUUCAUAUAUUAAAGAUCAUAUAAUCUUUAGUAUAAAUCAUUCAUUUAUUUUCUCUUUAUUGCUUGUCUAAAUGUUUUUGCAUUUCUGUUCUUCAUACUGACAUUUCACAAAGUGCAGAAAAUGUAAUGCGAUGAGGGGUCUGUGUAUCUCAGCAAGUACUGACACUGACUAUCACACCUGGAGUCACGAGUUCGAAUCCAGGGCGUGCUGAGUGACUUCAGCCAGGUCUCCUAAGCAACCAAAUUGGCCCGGUUGCUAGGGAGGGUAGAGUCACAUGGGGUAACCUCCUCGUGGUCACUAUAAUGUGGUUCUCACUCUCGGUGGGGUGCGUGGUGAGUUGUGCGUGGAUGCUGCGGAGAAUAGCGUGAAGCCUCCACAUGCGCUACGUCUCCGUGGUAACGCCCUCAACAAGUCACAUGAUAAGAUGCGCGGAUUGACGGUCUCAGACGCGGAGGCAUCUGAGAUUCGUCCUCCGCCACCCGGAUUGAGGCGAGUCACUACGCCACCACGAGGACUUAGAGCGCAUUGGGAAUUGGGGAGAAAACAAAACACAUAAUGCGAUCAAUAAAGAGGAA